UUUUGUUUACACUCUUCAGUUGGUACUGAAGGUAUUCACAUAUUCGCUGCUGUCAGCCAUUCAAACGUUCAUCAUACAGUGAAGGACGAGGCAGCGGUGCAUUUGUGCUCAGCGGUUUUCCUUUUCUCAUUUGACUUUACGCGAGCUUGGAGUUCAAGCAGUGUCCGGGACAAGCUUCGUUCGAAUAGAAAACGCGCAGGAAGAGACGCGUCAGGUAAGGCACGAUGGAUUCUUCUCACUCAGUCUCGAACAGCGAGGCGCUACAGCGCAAGGCCGCUAGUCUCGUGGCCGAGGUCGCGAAGUCGCAGCCCGUGGGGAUCGUGGGAGAGAGCGGUUGGUCCCUCGUCCACCGCGAGUAUGGCGUCUGGGCGGAGAUUGAAACCAAUGACGCUGGAAGUUCUAGGAAUAGGGUGACGGUGACCGCAGUCGGCGACGAAUUUCGUGUAGACUAUGUGGUGGAUUUCGAGCGGCGCGAUGCCGACGAGUCGAAUGGACAGCAGGACGAAGAUGUAAUCAUGACUGAUGCUCCGCCGAUUGAAUCGGACGAAGGGGGAAUUGUGGAUUUCAAUCGCUAUUCAGAAGAAACAGUAUCAAUCAAUCGCAGAAUCGAGCAAUUGAGAAUUGCCCCUCACCAACCGUGCUUCCACGAGAACGCCCAAGUGGGAGAGACAUCUGAAGAUGUCAAGAUGGCCAACAGUGACUGGUAAGCUGCUAGAAUCCGCGUCGGUGACGCGUGGAGGUCGCACCGGAUGGUGUACUAUGCCCUCUGGAGGGUAGGGAAGUCAGCGUCUCUUGGUGCGAUGACCAACGGACCGGACGUGGCAGUUUUGGUAUGUCGCUUGAAUUGGAGAAGCCGGGAGAACGACUGAGUGACAAUCGAGAGAUGGAAGGGCUCGAGAGAGAGGGGAGACGGAUGAAGGACAGGAAAUAGAAAGAAAUUGGUUUAGAGAUGGACGCGCUGAACUGCGUGAAAAGUCGUGCUUAUUGACCGCCGCUGUGAUCCUAGAAUGAUGCUAGGUCUCUUGGUCAAGCCAGCCUGGAAGCAAUCGGUUCCC